CUAGUGAGAGAAAGUGCGGCUACAAGACCCUUCAACCUCACAACACAAACACCCCAUCUCCCAUUCUCACCAAGUGUCCCCCUUCUUGUUUUUCGCUCCCUUCUUCCCCCACCCAAACUAACUCAAACAUUUCUCUCUCUCUCUCUCUCUUGAGUGCAGGUGGUGAAGUAGUUGUUGAUUAGCACCAAAAAUGGAUAUAGAAUCAUUGAAAUCUCAAGAGAUAGACAACCCAUCUCCCCCCGACAGCAAUGGUGGCAGCACCAUCACGGGCAACGGACCGUCGCCGCUCCACCUGAUCCCCACCCCACCCACCACCCCAAAGCCCAUCUGUAGAUCUCAUGAAACCAAUCCUUACCCCACUACUUUUGUGCAAGCAGACACAUCUACCUUCAAACAGGUGGUGCAAAUGCUCACCGGCUCCUCGCAAACCACCAAACAAGCAUCCAAAAAUGAUCCAUCGCCGCCAUCUUCCGCCGCCAGACUCGGCGGCAGCAUCCCGCUCAUCAAAAGCACCGGCCAGAAGAAACAAGGAUUCAAGCUGUACGAGCGGCGGAACAGUCUGAAAAACGGGCUCAUGAUCAACACCCUCAUACCGGGCUUCUCUCAAAAUUCAGGCUUUUCACCCCGCAAGCCAGAGAUUCUAUCCCCGAGCAUUCUUGAUUUUCCGGCGCUUGUUCUGAGCCCAAUUACGCCAUUAACAGAUGAGGCCUCGAACAAAUACUCGUCAAUGCCGUCGCCGUCAAUGGAAGAGGAGAAGGCAAUAGCGGAGAAGAAAUUCUACUUUCAUCCAUCGCCGAGGAAUGCGGAACCACAGCUGCUGCCGCUUUUUCCUUUGACUUCGCCUCGACUCUCCGAGUCUUCUUCUUGAGGGAAUAUAGUUUUAAUUUUUGAGUAAUUAUAAGGCUUUUCAGAGUGAGGUAGCCAUCAUGCUACAUUUCUACAAUUAAUCUUUUCUUCUAAGCAAAAAAAAAAAACACACUUCUUUUUUA